AUGAAAUCAUUUGAAUUGAAUCUAUGUUAUCGGCGGCGUCCAUCAUUACUUUUCUUCUCUUUCUCCCAGAAUUAUUAUUUCUUCUUCUUCUUCUUCUUCUUCUUCUUCUUCUUCUUCUUCCUUCCUUCCUUCAUUCCUUCCUUCCUUCCUUCCUGCCUUCAUUCUUUGCCAAUCUUCCACUUCCUUCCUUCUUUCCUUCAUUCCUUCCUGUUUUCUUCUUCUUUAUUUCCUUCCUUCCCUCCUUUCCUUUCUUCUUCUUCUUCCUUUUCUUCUUUCCUAUCUUCUUCUUCCUUCCUUCAUUCCUUCUUCUUUACUUGUUUUCUUAUUUCUUUAACUAUUUACUUGGUUACAACAUUCUUCUUCUUCUUCUUCUUCUUCUUCUUCUUCUUCUUCGUUCCUUCCGUCCUUCUUGUCUUCAUCCUCUUCUUCUUCCCUAUCUUCUUUCCUUUCUUUUUUCCUUACUUCCUUUCUUCAUCUUUCUUUCUUCUUCUUCUUCCCUAUCUUCUUCUGUCCUUACUUCAUUCCUUCCUUUUUGUUCUUCUUUCCUUCCUUCCUUCCUUCUUUCCUUUCUUCUUCCUCUUCUUCUUUCCUAUCUUCUUCUUUCUUCCUUCCUUUUUCUUCUUCAUUCCUUCCUUUCUUCCUUCCUUCCUUCCAUUCUUCUUCUUCUUCUUUAUUUCUCAAAUUAUUUUUCUUCUUCUUUUUCUUUUUUCAAUUAUCAUCCCAUUCAUACACUUGUUCUUUCCUUCCUUCCUUCCUUCCUUCCUUCCUUCCUUCCUGCAUUCGUCCUUUCCUUUCUUCUUCUUUCUAUCUUCUUCUUCCUUUCUUCCUUCCUCCCUUCAUCUUCUUUCCUUCCUUCCUUUCUUCUUCUUCUUUAUUUAUUUCUCAAAUUAUUUUUCGUCUUCUCCUCCUUCAAUCUUCAAUCAUCAUCCCAUUCAUAUUCUUUUGUUUGCCUCUGUCUGCACUUACUAA